AUGGUGUUUGAUAAGAAGCACCUGCUGCUGCUGCUGGACCGGCCUCGGGAGCCAGUGUUCAUGGGCAAGGGUCGCGUGGUGUUCGACGUGCCCGACAACUACCUCACGGAUCGGUACCGGCCCAUUGGGCCAGAAAUUCAGAACCGCUUUGGCGAGAACGCGGAGGAACGCAUCCCGGUGCGAAGCAUCCCUCUGCCCGAUCUCCGCAUUCCGAUGUCACUGGGGCGUCAGGAGCAGUUCUCUCUCUUUAUUCCGCGCCAUCGUAAAAUUGCUGCCCGUCUGAUCGACAUCUUCAUGGGCAUGCGAAACGUAGAGGACUUGCAGAGCUGCGCCGUGUUUGCUCGUGAUCGUAUCAAUCCGUACCUUUUCAACUACGCUCUGUCGGUGGCGUUGCUCCACCGAAAGGACACGCACGAUCUCGAUCUGCCGACAAUCAUUGAAAUCUUCCCGGACAAGUACGUCGACUCGAAGGUGUUCGCUCAGAUCCGUGAGGAAGCGACGGUCGUGCCAGAGGGCAUGCGCAUGCCAAUUGUCAUCCCGAAGGACUACACCGCGUCCGACCUGGACGAGGAGCAUCGUCUGUGGUAUUUCCGCGAGGACAUUGGCGUCAACCUACACCACUGGCAUUGGCAUCUGGUCUACCCGUUCGAUGCGACAAACCGCGCCAUCGUGGACAAAGACCGUCGUGGUGAGCUGUUCUACUACAUGCACCAGCAGCUGGUGGCGCGUUACAAUUUCGAACGCUUCAGUAACCGGCUGCAGCGCGUCAAGCGCCUUAACAACCUGCGUGAACCCAUCGGUGAGGGAUACUUCCCAAAGCUAGACUCGCUGGUGGCGAGCCGAGCUUGGCCGGGUCGUGUUGACUCGAGUGUGCUGAAGGACCUGAACCGCGAGGCGGAUCAGAUCAAGCAGGACGUUGCCGACCUAGAGCGCUGGAUAGAUCGCAUUUACGAGGCCAUCCACCAGGGGUUCGUGGUCGAUGAGUCCGGCAAUCGCAUCCCGUUGGACGAGCAGAAAGGCAUCGAUCACCUGGGCAACAUUAUCGAGUCGUCAAUUCUGUCACCGAAUCGGCAGCUGUACGGUGACAUGCACAAUAUGGGCCACGUCUUCAUCUCGUACGCGCACGAUCCCGAUCAUCGGCACCUGGAAUCGUUCGGUGUUAUGGGUGAUGUCGCGACGGCUAUGCGCGAUCCUGUCUUCUAUCGCUGGCACUCGUACAUCGACGACAUCUUCCAGGAGCACAAGAAUAAGCUGACACCAUACACGCGCGGUCAGCUCACCUUCGAUGGCAUAUCCAUCACAGGCAUCACGGUGCAGCCCGAGGACGGACAACCGAACACGUUCCAGACUUUCUGGCAGCAGUCGGACGUGGAUUUAUCUCGUGGCAUGGACUUUGUCCCACGGGGCAACGUCUUCGCUAGAUUCACCCACCUUCAACACUCUCCAUUCGUGACCACGAUCACGAUUGACAAUGAAUCCGACGCGCAGCGAAUGGCGUUCGUGCGAAUUUUCCUAGCGCCCAAGAAUGACGAACGCGGAACACCGAUGGUGUUUCGGGAUCAGCGGCUGUUCAUGGUGGAGCUGGACAAGUUUCUUGUAGCUCUACGUCCUGGCUCCAAUCGUAUUCGUCGUCGCUCGAAGGAAUCCACGGUCACGAUCCCGUUUGAGCGGACAUUCCGGAACCUGGAUCAAAAUCGACCCGAACCCGAUACUGCUGCGGAAGCCGAGUUCAACUUCUGUGGUUGCGGAUGGCCCGCUCAUAUGCUAAUACCCAAGGGUCUUCCGGAGGGAUUGCCAGCGGACCUGUUCAUCAUGGUUUCAAACUACGAGGAGGACCGGGUAGUACAGGACUUGGUUGGUACGUGUAACGAUGCGGCGUCAUACUGCGGAGUGCGCGAUAGACUCUACCCGGACCGCAAACCAAUGGGGUAUCCAUUUGACCGAGCGGCCCGCAGUGGAGUCGACACGUUGGCCAACUUCUUGACACCCAACAUGGCCGUGCAGACAGUUGCAGUGGUCCAUAACGAUCGUACGGUGAACCGUACAGGUUAG